CUCCGCAACAUCGUAUUGGAUUUCCCCGCCAUGUCUUCUCCCUACGACGGCAGCGACGACGAAAUCCGCGAGAGCGACACCGACACGCUGGCUGCUCACCGGCUCACGUCCACAUGGGUGGCGGCGAAGAGCGACGACCUUGAGAAGUACGGCGACGACGGCGGCUCUGAGUCAAACAGUGAGGUCGACGAGCUCAUGACGUCAGCUUCCUCUUCCCUGAGUGAGCUAUCCGCCGGCGGGGAGAGUGACGUGCAAGUCGGUGAACAAGACGGAGAGCAGGCUGGUGAGCCGAUCGGCGAACAGGCCAGUGUCGGUACUGAGCCUAGCAGCGAAGAAGCAUCCGACCCCGGAAUCCAGCUCAACGUAGCGGCUCAUGCUGAUGCCAUUCCAGCCAACGCCAACCUCUACCCCCCUGGCUACUUUUCGCAACACCUCCAGAUCACCAUGUGGAUCGACGCCUACAACCUGUUUCGCUUCAGAUGGACGUCCAGCUGGGGCCACGAGUUUCUUCGAGUCACCCCCCUUGGUUCUCCUAUCAGCAUCUGGAGGGAGCUCCUCGGUACCUCAAAUGCUCCCAUCCCCACGACGAUUACCAGCAUCGACUUCCCAGGCAGUGGGGCUCGCUUUCGCCGUAUUCCACCCUCGCAUGGUUAUUGGGAUUUGGAGAUGCUGAACAACUGAGGAGGUCGAGCGCAAGGCGCGCCGACAGAACGGUACACAGCGCCCUAGUGGCAAAGUCAGCAACAGAGGGGGACUGUAACCUUCGACCUAUCCAAAUCAAUGCGCCACAUCGAGCGUGACAAGACGUCCACGCACCUUGUCUCAUCUCUUACGGUGACUCCAAGAGCUGCCCUUCGCUCAAU